AGGAGGGCUCUCCCACCCACGGGUCACUCCUUUCUCUCAGGGUCGCCAUGUCAAGACGGGGCAGCUGGCCGCCAUCAAGGUCAUGGAUGUCACAGAGGAUGAGGAAGAGGAGAUUAAGCAGGAGAUUAACAUGUUAAAGAAAUACUCCCACCAUCGCAACAUCGCCACCUACUAUGGGGCCUUUGUCAAAAAGAGCCCUCCCGGGAACGAUGACCAGCUCUGGCUGGUCAUGGAGUUCUGUGGGGCCGGCUCCGUGACCGACCUGGUGAAGAACACGAAAGGGAACGCCCUGAAGGAGGACUGCAUCGCCUACAUUUGCCGGGAGAUACUCAGGGGCCUGGCCCACCUCCAUGCCCACAAGGUGAUCCACCGGGACAUCAAGGGCCAGAACGUGUUGCUGACGGAGAAUGCCGAAGUCAAGCUGGUGGACUUUGGGGUGAGUGCCCAGCUGGACCGCACGGUGGGCAGGAGGAACACGUUCAUCGGGACGCCCUACUGGAUGGCCCCCGAGGUCAUCGCCUGUGACGAGAACCCCGAUGCCACCUACGACUACCGGAGUGACAUCUGGUCCUUGGGCAUCACAGCCAUUGAGAUGGCGGAGGGCGCACCCCCUCUGUGUGACAUGCACCCCAUGCGGGCCCUGUUCCUCAUCCCCCGCAACCCCCCACCCAAGCUCAAGUCCAAGAAAUGGUCCAAGAAGUUCAUCGACUUCAUCGACACGUGUCUCAUCAAGACAUACCUGAACCGCCCCCCGACCGAGCAGCUGCUCAAAUUCCCCUUCAUCCGGGACCAGCCGACGGAGCGCCAGGUCCGCAUCCAGCUCAAGGACCACAUCGACCGCUCCCGCAAGAAGCGGGGCGAGAAGGAUGAGACCGAGUACGAAUACAGUGGCAGCGAGGAGGAGGAUGACAGCCACGGGGAGGAAGGGGAGCCCAGCUCCAUCAUGAAUGUGCCCGGGGAAUCCACGCUGCGCCGGGAGUUCCUGCGGCUGCAGCAGGAGAACAAGAGCAACUCGGAGGCCCUGAGGAGGCAGCAGCAGCAGCAGCUGCAGCAGCUGCAGCGGGACCCCGAGGCCCACAUCAAACACCUCCUGCACCAGCGCCAGCGGCGCAUCGAGGAGCAGAAGGAGGAACGGCGCCGGGUGGAGGAGCAACAGCGGCGAGAGCGGGAGCAGCGGAAGCUGCAGGAGAAGGAGCAGCAGCGGCGGCUGGAGGACAUGCAGGCCCUGCGGCGGGAGGAGGAGCGGAGACAAGCCGAGCGCGAGCAGGAGUACAAGCGGAAGCAGCUGGAGGAGCAGAGGCAGUCCGAGCGGCUCCAGCGGCAGCUGCAGCAGGAGCACGCCUACCUCAAGUCGCUGCAGCAGCAGCAGCAGCUCCAGAAGCAGCAGCAGCAGCCGCCACCGCAGCCACCGCAACCGCAGCCCCAACCGCAGCCGCCGUCGGCCCAGGCCGGGACCCCCGGAGACAAGAAGCCACUGUACCACUACAGCCGCGGAGGCAACCCCGCCGACAAGCCGGCCUGGGCCCGAGAGGUGGAGGAGAGGACCAGGAUGAACAAACAGCAGAACUCGCCCCUGGUGAAGGCCAAGCCGGGCCCUGGAGGGCCAGAGGGCCCACCCGCCCAGCCCCCCAUGGGGCCCCCCGCCCCCACCUCCCAGACGCCCCCCAUGCAGCGGCCCGUGGAGCCCCAGGAAGGACCGCACAAGAGCCUGGUGGCCCACCGGGUGCCCCUGAAGCCCUACGCGGCCCCGGUCCCGCGCUCCCAGUCCCUGCAGGACCAGCCCACCCGCAACCUGGCCGCCUUCCCCGCCCACGACCCCUCCGGCCCGCCCCCCGCCCGCGGGGCCGUCAUCCGACAGAAUUCCGACCCCACGUCCGAGGGGCCCGGGCCCGGGCCCGCCCCGCCCCCCCAGCCCUGGGCACGGCCCGACCCCAACGGCGAGGCGCCCCCCAAGGUGCCUCAGCGGACCUCGUCCAUCGCCACGGCGCUCAACACCAGCGGGGCCGCCAACUCCCGCCCGGCCCAGGCCGUCCGUGCCAGCAACCCCGACCUUCGGCGGAGCGAGCCGGGCUGGGAGCGGGCAGACGGCCUCCUGCCGGCCCACGGACACCUGCCCCAGGCAGGGUCGCUGGAGCGCAACCGUGUGGGAGCCUCCUCCAAGCCGGAGAGUGCCCCCAUCCUGCCCCCUGGGAACAAAGAGAAGGGUGAGGACCACCGCUCUCGGCCCGGCCGGCCUGCCAGCUAUAAGCGAGCAAUCGGCGAGGACUUUGUGCUGCUGAAGGAGAGGACGGACGAGGCCCCCCGACCCCCCAAGAAAGCCAUGGACUACUCGUCGUCCAGCGACGAGAUGGAGAGCAGCGAGGAGGAGGAGGAGGAAGAGGAGGGGGAGGGGGAGCGCUCGGAGGAGAGCAGGGACACGCCGGGGACACGGGACGGGGACACGGACAGCGUCAGCACCAUGGUGGUCCACGACGUGGAGGAGCUGCCCGGGACCCAGACCCCCUACGGAGAUGGCACCAUGGUGGUCCAGCGGACCCCCGAGGAGGAGCGCGGUCUGCUCCACGCCGACAGCAACGGCUACACCAACCUGCCCGACGUGGUGCAGCCCAGCCAGUCGCCCACCGAGGGGACCAAGGGGUCCGGCUCCCCCGCCAAGGACGGCGGCGGUGGCGGCGGUGAUUACCAGUCGCGGGGGCUGGUCAAGGCCCCGGGGAAGAGCUCCUUCACCAUGUUUGUGGACUUGGGCAUCUAUCAGCCGGGGGGCUCUGGGGACACCAUCCCCAUCACGGCCCUGGUCGGGGGCGAGGGCGGGCGCCUGGAGCAGCUGCAGUACGAGGCGCGGAAGGGCUCGGUGGUGAACGUGAACCCCACCAACACGCGGCCCCACAGCGACACCCCCGAGAUCCGCAAGUACAAGAAACGCUUCAACUCCGAGAUCCUCUGCGCCGCCCUCUGGGGGGUCAACCUCCUGGUGGGCACGGAGAGCGGGCUGAUGCUGCUGGACCGCAGCGGGCAGGGCAAGGUGUACGGCCUCAUCGGCCGCCGGCGCUUCCAGCAGAUGGACGUGCUGGAGGGGCUCAACCUGCUCAUCACCAUCUCCGGGAAACGAAACAAGCUGCGGGUGUACUACCUGUCCUGGCUGCGGAACAAGAUCCUGCACAACGACCCCGAGGUGGAGAAGAAGCAGGGCUGGACCACCGUGGGGGACAUGGAGGGCUGCGGCCACUACCGCGUCGUGAAGUACGAGCGCAUCAAGUUUCUGGUGAUUGCCCUCAAGAGUUCGGUGGAGGUGUACGCCUGGGCUCCCAAGCCCUACCACAAGUUCAUGGCCUUUAAGUCUUUCGCAGACCUCCCGCACCGCCCCUUGUUGGUGGACCUGACGGUGGAGGAGGGCCAGCGGCUCAAGGUCAUCUACGGCUCCAGCGCCGGCUUCCACGCCGUGGAUGUGGACUCGGGGAACAGCUAUGACAUCUACAUCCCCGUGCAUAUCCAGAGCCAGGUGACCCCCCACGCCAUCAUCUUCCUGCCCAACGCGGAUGGCAUGGAGAUGCUGCUGUGCUACGAGGACGAAGGCGUCUACGUCAACACCUACGGUCGCAUCAUCAAGGACGUGGUGCUGCAGUGGGGGGAGAUGCCCACCUCCGUGGCCUACAUCUGCUCCAACCAGAUCAUGGGUUGGGGCGAGAAGGCCAUCGAGAUUCGCUCCGUGGAGACCGGACACCUGGACGGCGUCUUCAUGCACAAGCGGGCCCAGCGCCUCAAGUUCCUCUGUGAGCGCAAUGACAAGGUCUUCUUCGCCUCGGUCCGCUCGGGCGGCAGCAGCCAGGUCUACUUCAUGACCCUCAAUCGGAACUGCAUCAUGAACUGGUGAGGGGCUCCCACCGGUCCCCGGCCCCUCACACACACCCCACGAACUGGUGACGGGCCCCUGCCGGGGACCUCGCCGGACCGUCCCCACCCUCACGCCCCCGCCCU